GUGGUGGUGGUGCGGGGGAGGACUUGAGCACCAUGCAGGGCCGAGCCGGCAAAGCCCCCAAAAGGGAGAUGGUGAUAGAGUCCCCGCAGCAGUACAAGAGCCUGGCUGAGAUUGAGGAAGAGGUGGAGGCCGGCUCGCAGGUGGCAGCGGUAAAACCGAAGAUCAUCGAGCCUCUGGACUACGAGAAUGUGCUUGUGCAGAGGAAGACCCAGAUCAUCAGCGAUGUGCUGCGGGACAUGCUACAGUUCCCCACAGAUGACUUCCAGAUCUCCACCCUGAGGCGCCAGGGCAGGACUCUGUUCUCCACCGUGCCAGAGACCGCAGAGAAAGAAGCUCACUCGCUGUUCGUCCAAGAGUGCAUCAAGACCUACAAGUCCGACUGGCACGUGGUCAACUACAAGUAUGAGGAGUAUUCUGGAGACUUCCGUCAGCUCCCAAAUAAGGUUUUGAGACCAGAGAAACUGGCAGCUCACCUGUUCGAGGUGGAUGAAGAUGUGGAAAAAGGCGAGGACACAGCUUCCCUCGGGUCUCAGAAGGGAGGAGUGUCCAAACACGGCUGGCUGUACAAAGGAAACAUGAACAGUGCAAUCAGCGUUACUAUGCGGUCCUUUAAGAGGAGGUACUUCCAUCUGGCCCAGCUGGGAGAUGGAUCCUACAACCUCAACUUCUACAAGGACGAGAACACCACCAAGGAACCCAAAGGAACCAUCUUCCUGGACUCCUGCAUGGGGGUCGUUCAGAACAGCAAAGUGCGGCGGUUUGCCUUUGAGCUGAAGAUGCAGGACAAGAGCACGUUCCUGCUGGCUGCAGACAGCGAAGCGGAGAUGGAGGAGUGGAUCGGCACCCUCAAUAAGAUCCUCCACAGCAGCUUUGAACAGGCCAUGCAGGAGAAAAGGAACGUAGAACUGCACGACGACGAGGAGCAGGGAAAAACGGAUCUAACCUCCGGAAGUUUCCAAGACAGCUUUCAGACUGCCAGAGACAUUGAGUCAAAAACGAGAAGUGAAGCUCGCCUGAAACUCUUCACUUUGGACCCUGACACGCAGAAACUGGACUUCUCUGGCAUUGAACCAGACGUGCGUCAGUUUGAAGAGAAGUUUGGGAAGAGAGUCCUGGUCAGCUGUCACGACCUGUCCUUCAACCUGCAGGGCUGCGUCGCAGAGAACGAAGAGGGCCCGACCACAAAUGUGGAGCCUUUCUACGUGGUGCUCUCCCUCUUCGACGUCCAGAACAGCAGAAAGAUCUCGGCCGACUUCCACGUGGAUCUCAACCACCCGUUGGUGCGCCAGAUGACCCCGGGCCCCGGCGGCAGGCCGGAUGUGCGCAUCAACGGCGGCGAUGACGAUCCCUUGGCAGGCCGAAGGCAGGCCAGCGGGCUCCCGUCGGGGGCCCUCGAGUACCCCAGGCAGGGGGUGUUCUCGGUCACGUGCCCGCAUCCGGACAUCUUUCUGGUGGCCAGGGUUGAGAAGGUUCUGCAGGGGGGGAUCACCCACUGCACUGAGCCCUACAUGAAGUGCUCGGACUCCACUAAGAUGGCUCAAAAGGUGCUGAAGAAUGCCAAGACGGCGUGCAGCAGACUGGGGCAGUACAGGAUGCCGUUCGCCUGGGCCGCUCGGCCUGUGUUCAAAGACGCGUCGGGAACUCUGGACAAAAGCUUUCGCUUCUCAGCCCUCUACAGACAGGACAGCAGCAGGCUGUCCGACGAGGACAUCAAACUGCUGACUGACUUCAGAAAACCGGAGAAAAUGGCCAAACUGCCCGUGCUGUUGGGGAACUUGGAUGUGACGAUUGACAGCGUGGCACCGGAUGUAACCAACUGCGUCACUUCCUCCUACAUCCCCGUCCGGGCCUUCGAAGGCCACGGGCCCGCUCUCCUGGAGGUGGAGGAGUUUGUGCCUUUCAUCGCUAAGUGCUCCCAGCCAUUCACCAUCUAUAAGAACCACCUCUACGUGUACCCUAAACACCUCAAAUACGACGGGCAGAAAUCCUUUGCGAAGGCAAGGAAUAUUGCAGUUUGCAUUGAAUUCAAGGACUCUGAUGAGGAUGAGGCCCAGCCGAUGAAGUGCAUCUACGGCCGUCCAGGAGCUCCUCUAUUCACUAAGCAGGCAUAUGCAACCGUCCUGCACCACCAGCAGAACCCUGAGUUCUAUGAUGAGAUAAAGAUAGAGCUGCCUACUCAGCUGCACGAGAAGCACCACCUUCUCUUCACCUUCUAUCAUGUGAGCUGUGACAGCAACAGCAAGAAGAAAGACCUGGUGGAGUCUGCGGUGGGUUCGGCAUGGCUGCCUCUGCUGAGGGACGGCAGGGUCACCAUGAAUGAGCAGCUGCUGCCGGUGGCCGCCAAUCUGCCUGCCGGGUACCUCGGCUCCCAGGACGCCAUCAACAAGCACUCUGGCCCCGAGAUCAAAUGGGUGGACGGAGGAAAGCCCCUGUUCAAAGUCUCCACCCAUCUCGUCUCCACGGUUUACACUCAGGAUCAGCACUUGCACAACUUCUUCCACCACUGUCAAAUCAUGGAGACGUCAGGACAAGCUUCAGAGGGGGAGCUGAUCAAAUACCUGAAGAGUCUCCAUGCGAUGGAGGGUCACGUGAUGGUCAACUUCCUUCCCACCGUCCUUAACCAGCUGUUCUGCGUCCUGACUAGAGCCACCCACGAGGACGUGGCUGUCAAUGUGACCAGGGUGAUGGUUCAUGUAGUGGCGCAGUGCCACGAAGAGGGGCUUGAACAUUACUUGAGAUCUUACAUCAAGUUUGUGUUUAAGCCGGAGCCGUAUUCCUCCACCGAUGUGAAAACGGUCCACGAGGAGCUGGCUAAAGCCAUGACCGCUAUUCUCAAGCCGUCUACAGACUUUCUCACCAGCAACAAGCUGCUGAAGCACUCGUGGUACUUCUUUGAAGCGCUGGUGAAAUCGAUGGCUCACUACCUCAUGGAGAGCGGGAAGGUCAAGCUCUCCAGGAACCAGCGUUUCUCGGCAUCCUUCUACCAUGCAGCGGAGACACUGGUGAAUAUGCUCGUGCCGCACAUCACCCAGAAAUACAAGGACAACCUGGACGCGGCUCGUAAUGCCAAUCACAGCCUGGCAGUUUUCAUCAAGCGCUGCUUCACCUUCAUGGACAGAGGCUUCGUGUUGAAGCAGAUCAAUAACUACAUGAACUGCUUCAUGCCCGGAGACCCCAAGACUUUGUAUGAAUUUAAGUUUGAGUUCCUGCGGGUUGUUUGCAACCACGAGCACUACGUCCCCCUCAAUCUGCCCAUGCCCUUUGGAAAAGGUCGAAUCCAAAGGUUCCAAGACCUCCAGCUGGACUAUUCUCUGACCGACGACUUCUGUCAAAACCACUUCCUGGUGGGGCUGCUGCUGAGGGAGGUGGGCGGCGCCCUGCAGGAGUUCCGAGAGAUCCGUCAAAUCGCCAUUCAGGUGCUCAAGGGGCUGAUGAUCAAACACACAUUGGACGACCGCUACGCCGCCAAAAGCCAGCAGGCCAGACUGGCCACGCUCUACCUCCCACUGUUCGGUCUGCUCCAGGAGAACGUUUACAGGCUGGACGUGAAGGAGUCCGCCCCCCUCGGCAACCACAACAAUGCCAGGGAGGACUCCAUGGUGACCCCUCAGAAACCUGGGAGUUGCGUAGAAAAUGCUCUCCACAAAGACGUGUUUGGAGUCAUCUCUGGAACAGCCUCCCCUCACAGCUCCACCCCCAACGCCGGCUCGGUGCAGCACGCCGACUCCAGAGGCUCCCUGAUCUCCACCGACUCCGGAAGCAGCCUGCAGGACAAGAGCAGUGACAAGACCAACUCACUGGAGAAGCACCAGGGUGCGUCGGCUCUGGGCAGCGCCGGGUUGCGCUGCGACAAACUGGACCGGGACGAGGUCAAAAACAUGCUGAUGUGCCUUCUGCACGUCCUCAAAAGCAUGUCGGAGGAGGCCCUCUUUGCGUACUGGAACAAAGCAGCUCCCUUGGAACUGAUGGACUUCUUCACGCUGAUAGAAGUCUGCCUUCACCAGUUCAGAUACAUGGGGAAGAGAUUCAUCGUCAGGACGGGCAUCUUGGACGCCCGCCUCCCGCAGCUGGGCACUCUGGAGAACGCGCACACCUUCAACAACAUGUACUCCCACACGGAGGCAGACGUGAGCAGCCAGUGUCUGCUGGAGGCCAACGUGUCCACGGAGGUCUGCCUGACCGUGCUGGACACGCUCAGCAUCUUCAUCAUGGGAUUCAAGACGCAGCUGAACUCGGAUCUCGGCCACAACCCCCUGAUGAAGAAGGUGUUCCAGGUGCACCUGUGCUUCCUGCAGAUCCCUCAGUCCGAGGCCGCCCUCAAGCAGGUCUUCACCUCGCUCAGGACCUUCAUCUACAAGUUCCCCUGCACCUUCUUCGAUGGCCGGGCCGACAUGUGCGCCUCCCUGUGCUACGAGAUCCUCAAGUGCUGCAACUCCAAGCUGAGCUCCAUCCGCAGCGACGCCGCCCAUCUCCUCUACUUCCUCAUGAAAAGCAACUUUGACUACACCGGGCGCAAGUCCUUUGUCCGGACACACCUGCAGGUGGUCAUCGCUGUCAGUCAGCUGAUCGCCGAUGUCAUCGGCAUCGGCGGGACCCGUUUCCAGCAGUCGCUCUCCAUCAUUAACAACUGUGCGAACAGCGACAAGAGCAUCAAGCACACGGCUUUCCCGUCAGACGUGAAGGACCUGACGAAGCGCAUCAGGACGGUGCUGAUGGCCACGGAGCAGAUGAAGGAGCACGAGAACGACCCGGAGAUGCUGGUGGACCUCCAGUACAGUUUGGCCAAGUCGUACACGAGCACGCCCGAGCUCCGCAAGACCUGGCUGGACAGCAUGGCCCGCAUCCACAACAAGAACGGAGACCUCUCAGAGGCAGCCAUGUGCUACGUGCACGUCGCCGCCCUGGUGGCCGAGUACCUGUGGAGGAAAGGUAUGUUCAGGCAGGGCUGCUCGUCGUUCCGCGUCACCACCCCCAACAUCGACGAGGAGGCGGCCAUGAUGGAGGACGUCGGGAUGCAGGAUGUCCACUUCAACGAGGAGGUGCUGAUGGAGCUGUUGGAGGAGUGCGCGGACGGCCUCUGGAAGGCGGAGCGGUAUGAGCUCAUCGCUGACGUCUACAGGCUCAUCAUCCCCAUCUACGAGCAGCGCCGGGACUUUGAGAAACUGACUCACCUGUACGACACCCUCCACCGGGCCUACACGAAGGUGAUGGAGGUGAUGCACAGCGGCAAAAGGCUGCUGGGCACAUACUUCAGAGUGGCCUUCUUUGGACAGGCUGCGGGCUUCUUUGAGGACGAAGAUGGAAAGGAAUACAUCUACAAGGAGCCGAAGUUCACGCCGCUGUCCGAGAUUUCCCAGAGGCUGCUGAAGCUCUACUCCGACAAGUUUGGUCAGGAGAACGUCAAGAUCAUCCAGGACUCCAGCAAGGUGAACCCGAAGGACCUGGACUCCAAGUACGCCUACAUCCAGGUGACCCACGUCACGCCCCACCUGGACGACAAGGAGCUGGACGACAGGAAGACGGACUUCGAGAAGAGUCACAACAUCCGGCGCUUCGUGUUCGAGACGCCGUUCACCGUGUCGGGCAAGAAGCAGGGAGGCGUGGAGGAGCAGUGCAAGCGGCGGACCGUCCUCACCACCACCCACUGCUUCCCUUACGUGAAGAAGCGCAUAGCGGUCAUGUACCAACACCAGACCGACCUGAGCCCCAUCGAGGUGGCCAUCGACGAGAUGAGCGCCAAGGUGGGCGAGCUGCGUCUGCUGUGCUCCGCCUCCGAGGUGGACAUGAUCCGCCUGCAGCUCAAACUGCAGGGCAGCAUCAGUGUUCAGGUCAACGCCGGUCCACUUGCUUACGCCAGAGCCUUCCUCGACGACAGUAGUGCCAAGAAAUAUCCGGACAACAAGGUCAAGCAGCUCAAAGAGGUGUUCAGGCAGUUUGUGGACGCCUGCGGUCAGGCGCUGGCAGUGAACGAGCGACUGAUCAAAGAGGACCAGCAGGAGUAUCAUGACGAGAUGAAGGCCAACUACAGGGACUUGGCCAGGGAGCUGUCGCACAUCAUGCAUGAACAGGUAGCAUCGAUAAACCCAGUAGAUGACGGCACGAGGAACGCUCUGUCCGACUCCGUGGGCAUCUUCAACGCCAUCAGUGGCACGCCAACCAGUGCCAGCCCACACGGAUCGACCACCAUACUCUGAUGGCGAUGCUUUCACUCCACUAGUGGCUGAACUACAAUCAAGAGGAAGGACGCUCUCUACAACCUGAAGCCAUCAUCAGUUGGCCUUUAUGAGCUGGAAAAUGGGAUGUUCCCUCCCUUUUAUCCGUUGGCCCAUUGCUCUUGUUUCCUAUGGAGACUCCAGUCAAUGCUGUUGACUUGCUAACAGUUCGUUCUGUCGACUUAAAGCCAGUUUUGGGUCAUUUUGUUUGUUUGAUCCUACGCAGGACGGGUGAAGCACUGCAAGCGUGCAUCCUGUGACUGGCAACAUAGCGCUAUUUUAAAAGCUCCACCAAAGGAGUGUGAGAACGAACAUGAGGGACUUCAGUAUUUGUAUUUUACCCAAGUAUAACUUUUUUUGCUUUUUUUUUUUUUACCGUCGGGCUCCCAUUCAUCUAAGAGACAGCGUUUACAGCUGUUCUACAGCUGAUACACAGUAUUUUUACAUUUCCCCUUUUCUAUUCUUUUCAGUUGCGCCCCCGUUACAGCAGAUGCAUCAGAGUUUAUCUUUUAUCUCACAUUGGACGUUUGAAAGAAUCAUUCGCUCUAUUUUAGGCCAAUGGACGUGUAUAGAAAUUGUCUAAAGCCAAGUGAACCGCAACGAUUAAACCUUUUUUUUUCUUCUGUAAAGAAAAAUGUGUGCAAUAUUUUGUAUUGUUGGCGAGGCUACUUGCUGCACAGAAAACCACUCUUGCCAAAGACAUUAGAAAAAAAGACAGUUUGUAAUCUCCCUCCUUUGUUUCUGUGUCUGUCAUGUGGAUGCCUUUUAUUAUCUGUGGGGUAAGGUUUUAAAAAAACAUUUUACUUAAUGACUGCUACUAUAUAUAAGUCUUAAAUAUAUAAAAAACGUCAAUAAUACCUUG